GUGCUCAAUUAUUAUAGAGAGGCUGCAUUUUUACAACAUGGGUAGGUUUUACGUAAAAUUACAUUUUUGCCCCUGGUAAGGGUCCAUACCUGGUAGUGGUCUAUCACUACUCUUCGUGGCUCUGCCUCAUUUGAAUCAGAAGGGGAAAAAAAAAAAUCUGUCCGCUUUUCUCUCACUCUCAGUUUCCCAUUGAAUCGCACUCCACAUUCUCCGUUGAUGCUACUAUUGAUAUAUUCCAUUUAAGCACCUUUAAGAACCCUUUAGUGAUAAGAUUGAACUAUGAUGUUGGGACUUUUCUCCAUGCCCUUGGGCGACUGCCCCUCCUGCCCUGGUUCAGGGACAGGCUUUGAAAACGAAAGGAUGCCUCUAGGAUUGAUACUUGGGCUUGGAAGGGCAAUGCGCAGAAAGCGUACAUCAUCACUUGAUAUCCUUUCUUCGAAGAGGGCCCCAAGGAAUUACUACAAGGGAAAGAAUUGCAAGCCCACUGGAUUUCACACCCGCAAAGGUGGUUAUGUUGUGGUGCUAGAAAAGCUGCCUAACUAUGUCGUACCUGACCUUACUGAUUUUAAGCUCAAGCCGUAUGUGUCUCAGUGUCCACUAAACGCCAAGACAACUGCUAAUACUGAUGUAUCAACAUAGAUUGACAACACUUGAAUUAUCUAAAUCUUCUAGUAGUUUAGCUGCUUUGUAAUCAACAAUUCAACAGCUUCUGGAUGUAUGUUCAUCAAGCAAAGACCUCAACGAAGCUGGGUUGGAAAUCGACUGUCUUGUUUGUUUAGCCAUUGUACUCGGUUUAAAAGAAUGCAAGUUUUAGGGAAGCUGAUGGUUUUGUAAACACUUCCUUGUUCUGAAUAUGGUUUGGAAUUAGGGUAGAAACAUUUCAAAUUUUGCUAUCCUUGUUUCUUAGGAACUGUAAUCUUUUUGUUUCAACUUUAAACGUGUGAUAUUAGGGUAUUCUAUCCAUCUAGAAAUAUUUAUCAAAUACCAUUUUUGGCUCCUGCCUGCUGCCUCUAAAUAUAUUAUUGGGCUGUCA